AUGCCGAACGAUACUCAAUGGCAGGAUUUGGAGGGGCAGAUUGUUCCUAGAGCUUUCUCUGGUGGGUAUGUUGCACUGUCGUAUUUGGUAAGUUAUGUGGGUGCUUGGACGACACUGGAGUUGUUCAACCGGAGGACAGCGGGAAGAGGUUUAUACAAUUGGUCUCUUCUUUUCAGUUCUUCUAUCUCUAUGGGAGGAGUGUCCAUCUGGUGCAUGCAUUACAUCAGUAACCAAGCGAUCAUUCUGGGAGAUGGCCAAUCGUUGAUGCAGAUUGCAUACAGUCCACUAUUCACCGCUGUUUCAUUUUUCGUCCCCAUCUUGGUCCUUCUCGCAGCCUUUACAACUCUCGGAUCAGACGACAAAGUUAGCCUCAUUCGAGUCACUGUUGGAGGAACGUUGGCAGGCUUGGCUAUUUGUGGGAUGCAUUUUCUUGGUCAAGCUGGAAUAUCGAAUUACACCAGUGUCUAUAAGAUUGGGAACGUCGUGGGAUCCGCCAUCGUUGCUAUUGUUGCUAGUAUUGUCGCUCUAACAGUUUUCUUCGUCCUUCGUGCAACAUGGACGAACUCGUUAUGGAAGAGAGCGCUUUGCGGCUCUAUCCUCGCAGGCGCGGUAUUUGGGAUGCACUGGGUUGCGUCAGUGGGAACGCAGUAUCGCUUGCGCAAGAUUGACCCGAACACUCCUCACUCCCAUGAUAUGGCAGGAAAUACAACUGUUAUUGUGGUCAUUGUACUGUCUAUCGCGGCUUGUUUCAUUCUUAUUGUCUUCACCUUCCUUGCUCAAAGGAGACGCUCUCGCUCUGCGAAUAAAGCUCGUCAAGUGGUCCUGGCUUGUGCAAUCUUCGAUUCGAAUGGUAGAAUCAUGGUCACGCCUGAAGGACUUCUUCCCAAUGAAAAGAUCACAGCAUCGUACAGAGAACUUUCUCAUGACGAUAUUUUUGGUACUGCUCAUCCGGUAUUUCACUGGCUGUUCCGAACAACUUGCCACUGGCCAAGUGUCUCUGGACUUAUCUCUCGAAUGCGCCAACAUCUCGAGUACACAUCAACGCUUCCCAGGCCGAGCUUAGAGGAGACUCUGAAGAACAGCGAAGAGAAGACACCCGACGCAGGCACUAUCGUCUUCCGAGAACAGUUCUGCGUUGCUGCGGCUGAUCUCGCUAGGCAAGUUGACGAGCCUCUAGCUGAGAUGGGCAUUCUCUUCGACAGCAUAUUCAACACUGGCCAAGUCUCCAAAUCGAGGGCACGCAAAUUGAUGAAGAGUCCCCCAGACCUGGAAAGGGAUGGGAGAUCAAUACCAAUGCACGGAAAAGGCCAACUGCUUUUCCUCGUCCGUCGCGCAAAUAGAAAAGCGGCCAACAAACUCACAGCUUCGGGAUAUCGCUUCGCUGAUACGCAAAACAUUGCGCCUCUUGUCGCACGCAGCAUGCAAAUCAACUGCAACGAUCUCAACAGCCAUCUAUUAUGUAUGAACGAAUAUGCCAAUGAGAUGCACAUGCUCCAGCCAGGGAUCCACUUGGCGUGCUUUGCUCUUCGCGCCCGAAUACGAAGCGGCUUCGAAGUUCUCGUUCGCAAAGAUGCUCGGAAUCAACUCCCGACAGUCCAACUUCCAUUCGAUACUCUCGAAGAUUGGAUGAUCGAGUACCUGUCUCAAAUGGAUGGAUGGACAGUUUCUGCAUGCUUGAAAUUCCUCCGUGGGAAAGAAAAGCCUGCUGAGGCGCCACCCGAAGAGCAAAGGUUUGCUGCCGAACUACAUGAUACUCUUGUCUCUAUGGAGGUAGAGUUCGACACACCUCACUUUGCCGAAGCUCGCCUGGUCGCAAAGCCCGUAUCAGCACCAUGCCGAGGAGCUAGCGAUGUCGAGAAACCCGGCCAAGCAAUUCUGAUUGCAUUCCGAUUGAUUUUCCCAAUCCAAUACCAAGCCCAAAAUCAAAAACUUGAGUUCACUCCUUUGAGUUUCUUUAGGAUACAACAGUAUGUGUACAAAAAUAGUCCGGAUCAUGCGAUAUUCGCGAGGAAGGUGCACAGAGAGUUUGGACCAAUUCUGAAUAAACAGAGAUCUAGCGAGGAUGAUGGCACGAGAAGUGUAAGAAGGAUCAGAAGCACGAAGAUGAUGAGAACUGUGAACCACAUGAAGGGUAGAGCUUCUCCAGAUGUUCGACGACAGUUAGGCGCAUGGCUUCCAUCGUCUUCUAGGAAGAAUCCAAGUUUAGACUCAACGUCUGAGAUCAAGCUGGUGGAAUCGCAUACGUUUGGUGGCAUUAUGAUCAGCAAGGAAGUCACUGUUGAUGUGAAGGAUGUUGGGGAGGGAACUUCCGAUAUCGGGAGUGAUGAUGGAAUGAGGGGACCAGAGUUGUCUGAUAGGAAGGAAAUGCCGCAUGGACAGAUGGGGACGAGGGGACGGGCAAUGAAGGAAGUAGAGUUUCCAGAGACAUAUGUUGAUACCCUUUUUGGUGUUUGUAUGGAGGGUAGGUGA